AUGGGUCUCAAGGUGCGUGAAGAUGAGGCGAGCGAACGACGACGGUACGUAGCGAUCGGGAACAGCGCUCUGCGCCUGAAGAAGGCGGACGGCGGGGCGAGUUUCUUGGUGUCCGCGAACUACAGCGUCUGGGACGACAAAGAGGACCGGUUGGCCAACGAGUUGCCGAAGAGCACGAAACAGAUCGAGAUCUCCCUCUCGUGCGACGAUCUGCCGCGCAUCUACGAGAGACUCUAUGCGGCUAUCGGUACGGCGACGGACGGACUCGUCGAGGACGACGUUCCCGAGAGAUCGGAUGCUACCGGCGUCGGGAGCGAUGCCCCUACGACGGCGACGGCGGACGGGGAGACGACGGCCGGGCUAGACGGACCCGUCGAGGGGGGGACAGCAAAGCAGGACGCCGAGGCUCAGGCGGCCGAUGGUCCCGCUGAAACAGAGACGCAUGGGGAUGACACCGUGGCCGAUACGACAGAUGGGGGCGCUGAGGUGGAGACGACCGCGCAGGACACCGCCACCGAUACCGCGGAUGGGGGCGGUGAUGCGCAGAAAACCGAUGCCGGAUCCGCAGAGGGGGCUGCUCAGGGGGAGACGGCCGCGCAGGACAGCGCUGCCGAGCCUGCAGAUGGGGGUGCUGGGGGGGCGACAGCCACGCAGGACAACGGUGCGCAGAACCUUGCUACGGAGGCUGCGGACGGGGCCACUGAUGGCAUUGAGAAGGAUGAUGGUGCUGGAGGCGCUGAAGGGGAGACGGCCGCGCAGGACUCCGCUGCUGAGGCCGCGGACGGGGUUGCUGAAGGCGAGACGGCGGAGCAGGACGCCGCUGCGAACGCAGCAGAUGGGGGCGCUGAUGGGGAGCAAGGUGCGCAGGACGCCGCUGCGAACGCCUCAGAUGGGGGCGUCGAAGGGAAGAUGGAUGCUGCGAAGGCGUCGGAGGCGACGCGGGAGCCCCACUCGCCCGGAACGCAGGGAGUAGCGGGUGUGGCGGUCGUCUCCGACGGAGCCUUGUCCGUGGUGAUCGUCGUGCCGGUCGAAGGAAAGACCAUGGGGCAGGGUGCUGCUACGGUGGCGUCCGGCGAGGCGAAUGCGUCUGAUGCACCCGCCGAGGGGAAGACGGAUGAGCCGGACCACGCGCCGGAGGUCACGGGGGUCGCGCAGGAGGAAUCCGUGGCCGGUCCGGAGGGGGUGGCGGCGGUGGCGGUCGUCCACGAUGAGGUCUUGUCCGUGGUGAUCGCCGUUCCGGUGCGAUACGCUGAGGCGGAACCGAAGGAGCCGACAGCGGAGCGGGAAGCGGCUGCCCACGCACCCGACGAGCGAGUCGAAGGGGAGACGGCGGGGCGAGACGCCGUUGCCGAUGGAACCGAUGGGGGCUCUACGAAGGCGGCCGAUGGGUCCGUCGAAGGGGAGACGGCGGGGCGUGACGCGGCCGCUGAGGAGGGAGAUGUGCCCGCAGAAGCGGGGACGGGCGGGCAGGGUCCUUCGGCGGAGGCGGCAGAGGUCGCACGGGAGGUCCCCGUGGAGGCCGUGGCGGAUGUGGCGCUCGUUUCCGGUGAAGGGUCGGUGGUGAUCGUCGUGCCGGUUCCGUCCGCCGAGGCCGCAUCGGAGGAGACGACGGCGGACCAGUCGGGAUGCGGGCAGGCAUCGCCCCUGAGCGCGAUGGUGCAUAUGGGUGACCCCGACGAGGUGCCGCCGAUGAUGCAUCGGAUGCAGGUGUCCGUGCAAACCUUCCCGGGGCCGGACGGGGAGGCGGCCACGCAGAUCACUGUGGCGGCGGUGCCUGAAGUUCGCGAAGAGGCGGGGGCGGCGGUGCCGGAGGUUCGCGAGGACGCAGUGUCCGCGGGAAGGCCGGCCCCGGAGUCUGGGGCGGGCCCGGAGUAUGCGGUCAUGUCGGAUGCGGAGGUGCGCGUGAAGAAGCCCCCCGACAGCGUGAUGUACGAGGUGGCGACGACCUACGGCGUGUGGACGACCAAGGAGAGUUGGUUGGCCGACGAGGCGGCCGCCCGGGAGGUGCCCCUGAAGGUGUCCCUCCCGUUGUGGGACCUGCCGCGGAUGUUCGAGUGCAUGCAUGCGCAGAUGAAGACGGAGCACGGCGGGCCCGUGGAGGAGCGCGCGCUGAACGGCACGGCGUUGACGGCGUUCGACCCCUCGGCGAACAUGUUCGUGAUCAAGCGCAGCGGCGGCAGGGAGCUCAUGAGCUUCGACAAGAUCUCGGAGAGGCUCAUCCGGCUGUCCGAGGAUCCCUUCCAGCCGUACCCUCCUUCCCGCCACGGGGCGCCCGUCUGCGUCGUGGACGAUGACCCCCUCUGCACGGGCGCGGCCCUGAAGGGGGUGAACCCGCACAAGGUGGCCCAAAAGGUGUGCGCCGGCAUCUACGACGGCAUCACCACGGUGGAGCUCGACAAGCUGGCGUCGGAGGAGGCAGCCGCGAUGCAGAGCGUGCACCCCGAGUACGGCGUCCUGGCUUCCCGCAUCGUGGUGAGCAACCUACACAAGACGACGCCGCCCACGUUCGGCGAGAGCGUGAGGGCCCUGGAGGGCCGCCUCGACCCGGCGUUCUUCGCCGCGUUGACGGUGGAGGGGGGCCCGCUGGAGGCGCUGGAGGGCGCGAUCGACUACACCCGGGACUACAACUACGACUACUUCGGCAUCAAGACCCUGGAGAAGAUGUACCUGCUGAAGGCUCGGGGCGGCCAGGUCAAGGAGCGCCCGCAGCACAUGCUCAUGCGGGUGUCGGCCUGGAUCAACGGCUCGCGAGGGGAGGCGGUGAACGUGAAGAGGACGCUCGAGACGUACGAGCUAAUGUCGCAGCGCUACUACACGCACGCGACGCCCACGCUGUUCAACGCAGGCACCCGCAUGCCCCAGCUGUCCUCGUGCAUGCUGCUGAACCAGAUAGACACGCCCGAGCGGGACAGCAUCGACGGCAUGUACGACCUGGUGAAGCACGUGGCGCAGAUCAGCAAGAUGGCGGGUGGCAUCGGCACGAACUGCACCCUGGUGCGCUCCAGGGGCAGCUACAUCCACGGCAGCGGGGGCACGUCCAAGGGCCUCGUCCCCUUCCUCCGCGUCCUCAACGAGACCGCCCGCCACGUGGAUCAGGCGGGCGUGCGCAAGGGCGCGGUGGCCGUGUUCAUGGAGCCCUGGCACGCCGACAUCUUCGAGUUCCUGGACAUCCGCAAGAACGCGGGGGUGGAGGAGGCGCGGGCGCGCGACCUCUUCACGGCGCUGUGGGUGCCCGACGACUUCUUCAGGCGGGUGCUGGCCGACGAGGACUGGUCCCUCAUGUGCCCCAACGACGCGCGCGGGCUCGCCGACGCGUGCGGCGACGACUUCGUGAGGCUGUACCGGGAGUACGAGGGGCUGGGCAUCGCGCGGCGCACGGUGAAGGCGCGGCAGCUGUGGGACGCCAUACUGCGCUCCAUGAUCGAGACGGGGACGCCCUACAUCUCCGCCAAGGACUCCGUGAACGCCAAGAGCGGGCAGAAGAACCUGGGCACCAUCAGGAGCUCGAACCUGUGCAACGAGGUGACGCUGUACUCCGACAAGGACGAGACGGCCGUCUGCGUGCUCGCCUCGGUGGCCCUGAGCAGGUUCGUGAAGUACGUGGACGGGCCCGGGUCCGAGACGUACAUGGACUACGAGGAGCUGCACUCGGUGACGAUGACCGUGGCGAGGAACCUGGACGCCGUGAUCGACACCACCAUCUACCCGACGCACGAGUGCGAGGCGAGCAGCAAGCGGCACCGUCCGAUCGGCAUCGGCGUCCAGGGCUUCUGCGACGUGCUGUACGCGCUGCGGCUGCCCUUCGAGUCCGCCGGCGCGAGGGAGGUCAACGUACGGAUCUUCGAGACCAUGUACCACGCCGCCGUGCUGGCGAGCGUCGAGCUGGCGGAGGUGCACGGGCCGUACUCGUCGUUCGCGGGCUCCCCCGCCAGCCAGGGCUCGCUCCAGUUCGACCUGUGGGACGCGGCGCCGACCAGGCCCGAGUACGACUGGGGGAGGUUGAAGGCGAGGGUGAUGGAGAGCGGCCUGCGCAACAGCACCCUCAUGGCGCUCAUGCCCACCGCGAGCACGUCGCAGCUCCUCCAGAACACGGAGUCGUUCGAGCUGCCCACGUCCUUCAUGUACAGUUGCAGGACGCUAUCGGGGGAUUUCAUGGUGAUCAACCGCUGGCUGCUGCGCGACCUGACCCGUGCCCGGCUCUGGACCCCCGAGCUGAAGCAGGCCCUGGUGCGCGACGAGGGCUCCAUCCAGGGCAUCGAACGCAUCCCGGCCCAGCUCAGGUCGCUCUACAAGACGACCUGGGAGGUGCCCAUGAAGGCUUACAUCGCCAUGAUGCGGGACCGGGCGCCGUACGUGUGCCAGAGCGCGAGCCUGAACCUGUACCAGAAGGAGCCCAACAUGAAGAAGCUCAGCAACAUGCUCCUGUACGGCUGGAAGGAGGGCCUGAAGACGGUCUGCUACUACCUGAGGAUCCGCCCCGCGUCCACGGCGACCAAGUUCACGGUCGAGAGCGAGAGGGGCGGCGGGGCAGAAGCGGAGAAGGCAGCGGAGGCGGACCUGCCCGUAUGCAGCAUGGAAGAGUCUUGCGUGUCGUGCUCCGCUUAG